ACUAAGCUCUCACUCGCCCCCUUUUGUGUCCAGCAAAACACAUCUCAAAACCUUGCGCGACUGAGAUACGCCUCGUUACCGAACCUCUUAACAAGUCCCACGUCGUCGGCCAGCUCUCUAUAUUCCAUCCUUGGUGAUUCGUAUAUUUGUUUGGGAGCAUCCAUAACCGACCUUGCCUGUCGGGGACCUCUUUUAUAGGCAGUGAGCUCAGGUUCACCCUAAUUACCUCAAAUUCCCUACAAGUCCGACAUCCCCGACAUCCCGCUCCCAGCCCACGCCUGCAACACCAUGGCCCCAGCUGCCACAGAAUCAGAGCCGCUCCCUGUGCAACUUCCCAUUUACGGCUCGAAAGGCUCAGCUGUCAAUGCAUCUGUCUUGCAUGGCCCUGGGGAUCUGCGAUUGGAAACGAGGAGACUCAAAGACCCGGCUGUGGGUGAACUCCAAAUCGCCAUUAAAACCACAGGCAUCUGCGGCUCCGAUGUGAGUUACUACAAAAAGUUCGCCAACGGCGAUCUCUGCGCCUGUCAUCCGCUAUCUCUUGGCCACGAGUCUUCGGGCGUGGUCGUCGCUAUCGGCCCUCAGGUGAAAGGCUUCAAACUGGGAGACCGAGUGGCCCUCGAGGUGGGCGUCCCCUGUAGCCACUGCGCCACUUGUAGAAAAGGCAGGUAUAACCUUUGCAAGAAGCUGCGCUUCCGAAGUAGUGCCAAAACCGUCCCCCACUAUCAGGGUACACUUCAGGAGAGGAUCAACCACCCGGCCGCCUGGUGUCAUAAGAUCCCGAAUCAUGUCUCCUUCGAUGCAGCUGCCCUCCUAGAGCCCCUGUCCGUCGCCAUCCAUGCAGUCAACCGAGCAGCAGCAAGUCCAGGGUCCAGUGCUCUCGUCAUCGGGGCCGGAACCGUCGGCCUCUUGACAGCAGUAAUGGCGCGCCAGGCCGGCUGUUCCAGCGUCGUAAUCACGGACAUUGACGCCGGUCGUGUAGACUAUGCCAUCUCCAAAGGUUUCGCCACCCAUGGCUACGUCGUCCCCCAGUCACCUAACCGAUCCCCCAACUCUUCCAAUCCGCCCUCUGGCAUCGCAACACCAACCUCUUCCGGUGCCAGCACCCCAGCCAGCAUCUUCUCGGUACAGAAUAUCCAGACCAAGUUCGAUGGCGCCAAGUCUCUGGCGGCCGAACUUCUGGCUCAAAUGAAGUUUCCCAGGUCUCUUGGUCAAGAUGAAACCAUAAAUGAAAACGACGACGACGACGACGACGACGACGACGACGAACAUGACGGGUUCGACGUCUCUUUCGAGUGCACUGGCAAGGAGGUUUGCAUGCAAACGAGCCUUUAUGCCACAAAACCGGGCGGCAAGGUCAUCAUGGUCGGCAUGGGCACUCCGGUGCAGACGCUUCCCCUAUCCGUGGCCCAUCUCAGGGAGAUCGACAUCCUGGGCAUCUUCAGAUAUGCGAACACCUACCCGACGGGCGUCCAGCUCCUGUGCGCCAAGAACCGCGCCGGCAUCCCGAGUCUCGAUGACAUGGUCACCCACCGCUUCAAGGGCCUCCAUAACGCUUCCAAGGCUUUUGAACUAGCUAGUCGGACCGUCGACGACGACGGCAACCUUGUGCUGAAGGUUGUUAUUGAAGCUUGAACAGCGUGCUGCCCUAUCAUUUUUCCUUCACUCUUCGAACACGCCAACGAUGUGUUGCAGGUGCAUCUUGCCGCUGUAGCUUCUUGAGUUUCUCUUGCCUUGACCUAAUCGACUGAUUGAAGAGCCCCGAGGAAAGGGGCUAUGUGGGGAAUUAUUCAUGGUAUGUUUUCUCCGGAGCAUAGGAUUCUAGGGAGACGGCUGCAUGGUUGCUGGAAGCUGGUUGAUGUAGAGACCAUUCCUUUACGGUCAUGUUCACAAGCCGCCGGGGUUAAUGUGACGAGAGGAUAACGACGGUAGACGCCAGUUAAGAAAAAAUAUAUAUAGAGCACCUCCGGGUAUAGACAACACACCCAUAGUCAUGGCAUUCCGCAUUUCCGACAGGA